GUGGAAUACUGUGGUCAACUUAUGGACAAUUACUUCUUAUACUGAGAAUACACUUGAAAGAAUGGAAAUGAGAGACCACACUGAGAAAUUAUUUGACAAUGAUGUUGAAAGAAGAAAUCUGAAUAUCUCUGAUCCAGUUUAUAUGGGAGAUUAUAAGAGCACAACCACAGAAUUAAUUUAUGCAAUUGAUGAUAGACCACCCUGGUAUUUGUGUAUACUACUGGCAUUUCAGCAUUAUAUUUUGGCUUUUGGAGGAAUUAUUGCCAUUCCCUUGAUUCUAUCAGAACCUCUAUGUGUGAAGCAUGACAAUGCAGUGAAAAGCCAGCUGAUGUGCACCAUAUUCUUUGUGUCUGGAAUAUGUACAAUUCUUCAAACAACUAUUGGAACAAGAUUGCCUAUUCUACAAGGAGGGACAUUCAGUUUAAUUACACCAACGUUAGCAAUACUAUCUUUGCCUCAGUGGAAAUGUAAAAAUUCUGAAGCCUUUACAUUUAAUGGAACUGGAAAUUUUUCUGUUAAUAACACGGAACACUGGCAGCCACGAAUAAGAGAAAUUCAAGGUGCAAUUGUCGUUGCUUCCUGUUUUCAAGUGUUCUUGGGCUUUUCUGGAUUAAUUGGACUUAUAUUGAGAUUUAUUGGACCUCUGUCUAUCACACCAACUAUUACACUUAUAGGGCUGUCUUUAUUUGGCGAGGCAGGAAAGAAAUGUGGCACUCACUGGGGUAUAGCUGUACUAACCGUUGCCCUAAUAAUACUUUUCUCACAGUAUUUGAGACAUCUAGAGGUACCAUUGAUAUCAUGUAGCAAAGGAAAAUGGAAAAUCCGCAAGUAUCCUGUUUUCAAGCUAUUUCCAGUAUUAUUUGGAAUGUGUUUAUCCUGGUUGAUCUGCUUUAUUCUAACACACUUUGAUGUAUUUCCGAGAAGCCCAGCAGACUAUGGAUUUGCUGCUCGGACUGAUAUUAACAUUGAUGCAAUUGAAAAUUCUCCCUGGUUUCAUAUUCCAUACCCAGGUCAAUGGGGUUGGCCCACAGUAAGCCUCUCCUCUGUGUUGGGGAUGUUAUCAGGGAUACUUUCUUCUACUGUUGAGUCGAUUGGUGAUUACUACACUUGUGCAAAAUUAUCAGGAGCUCCAAAUCCUCCAACACAUGCUUUAAAUCGUGGAAUUGGAAUGGAAGGCAUAGGAUGUAUUUUAGCUGGCAUUUGGGGAACAGGAAAUGGAACUACUUCAUACAGCCAGAAUAUUGCAGCAUUGGGGAUUACAAAGGUUGGAAGUCGUUUAGUAUUGCAGACAGCAGGUAUCCUUUUAAUUAUAUUAGGUCUCUUUGGAAAGUUUGGAGCUAUCUUUAUAACAAUUCCAGAGCCAGUCAUUGGAGGAAUGUUCAUGGUAAUGUUUGGCAUGAUUGCAGCAGUAGGCAUGUCAAACCUUCAGUAUGUAGAUUUAAACUCCUCAAGAAAUCUUUUUGUGUUGGGAUUUUCCAUGUUUAGUGGACUUGUUAUCCCAACAUGGCUGGAAGGUAACCCAGGUGUUAUAAGGACAGGAGUAAAGGAACUUGACCAAACCAUUACUGUGCUUCUCACAACAAAAAUGUUUGUUGGAGGAUUCUUAGGAUGUCUUCUCGAUAACACUAUUCCAGGUUCAGAUGAAGAAAGGGGAACUUCUGCUUGGCAUAAACAAAUGCAUGCAGGGAAAACUAAUGGCAGUGUAGGACAAUCUUGUUAUGAUCUGCCUUUUCUCACAAAAUACCUAAGAAGGCUUUCAUGGACUCGAUACAUUCCAUUCUUGCCAGCAUUUCAGAUGGAUAGGAAUUAACUGCCCUCCUCCAACACACUGUGUUUCCUAAGCCACAUCUACAGGCCACGUGUUUCAGAUGUCCCUUUUACUAGAAGCAAGAAGAAUGUCAUAAGUGCUGCAUCUACAUUAACACAGAUUUGUGUUCUCUUUACUAGUGAUUUAGUAGGUGAUUAAGUAGGUUUACAUUAUUUCUCUUAUCAAACAGAACAAUUGUUUAGGUUCAUUUUUUUUUCCAUUCAAUGCCAUGCACAAAUAUUAUUUUAUUAUCUAGCAUAAUUAUUAUUUGAUUGCUAAACUAAAGCAAAAUAAAUCUAAAUAAUAUUGUAUCUGUAAUGAUCUGUAAGCUGAAAAUUACUUAAGUACUAUUUUCUGAGAAGUGUUUAUUAUUUUGACAUAGGAGGGACCAUUUAUAUGGUUUU